AGGUGGACGUUUCAUGCACAGCUGAAUGACAGCAAAGAUGUAGAAUUAAAAUAUUCAUGAAUGUGACUUUAACAGAGAUUACUGACAAAAUACAUCCUCGCUAAGCUGCAUAUGUUACAGAUUUUGCUGCUACGUAAUGAUGGACAUCUCCUCUCGCUCUCGACUUUCCGACAUCGUAUUUACAACAUUUCCCAAGUAUCUGCAGAAAGCUUGCCUCGCAUCCUCCGGUUCCUCCUCCAGGUUGGAGUGAAUAAGCGCCAGUCGGCUCAAAUGUGAGGCUGCAUCAAAAGAAUGAACAUGUUAGCCCAGAAAGAGUACUAACAACGCAAAACAAGCGCUUUGUGAGGCCUGCAGUGGAAAUACCUAAAGGCAGCCGUCCGUCUUCUACUCUGCUGCCGGGCUUGUGAUGAGCCACGAGUAAACACUGCUUGUCCUGCAAACUUUGAGAGGCGAUGAACAUCGAGUACCACGUCUCGAUCUCUUUGAGGUGAUUGGGAGCAUCAGGAUUGAAAAUGAUCACCACACCGCUGGAGUCCUUUAUCAUUGCAGGCCAGCACGAUUCAAAUCUGUGUGAAGAGAAUAUAUUGUAUAUACACUGAAAACCAAUCCAAUCGUUAGUAACGGGACUUUUAAGUACGGGAUUUGGUUAUCAUCUAAGCCUUUGCUCAUUGAAAAUAAUUGAUGUUUAACUUACUUAAAAUCUCCUGAACAGUCCCAAAGUUCAACCUCACAUUUUGCGUUGUCACCACUGCCUUCAGGUUGCGAUUCAAAUUCCAGUAUCCUUGAAAAAGUAGAAGUUUCAUUUUUGUAACUUCCGCCAGUAAUACAUAUAUUUUAAAUGACGCCAUAAACAGCCUGUUUGUUCGUGUUAUUUCCAUCUUCUCAAGGGUGUCAUGUGUUUGGGUGAACUGUGCAGCAGUGACGAGGACACGGGGUUUGUACCUUACUCCUCGAGUAGGUCUGUAUUCACUGUCCACAUUUUCUACUGUGUCGGAGAGAAAAUUAGCAAGAACUGUUUUCCCGCUCUGAAAAACAUGAUUUUAGAAGUGAUAUGAGUAACAAUCAGAACAUAAAUGAAUCCUCUUUAACAUGACUUUCUACCUUUUACAUGCAAGUUAAUUUGACUGAAAACAGGAACUUUUCAUAACAGACAUUUUGACUUUUUACAGUAGGAAAAGUACAUCACUAACAACAAUGAAGCAUUCUGUUCAGGCUACAUGUUCCAGUUUCAGGGCUCUGGUAUGUCAUGGCUUAAUGAAACCCUCAAAGGCAACAGAAUCAUUAAUGUAAUUAGUUACACCUGUGCUUUACCUGCAAGACAAAAAAACGUGCGCUACUUUUACUGAAGUUAAAAGUUUUGUAUAGCCAUGCAGCACACACAAGUAUGGAAGUAAUAUUACCUAAAUGUACUUCAAGCGUAAGUGAAUGUAAACAUAAUGCAGGGAGAAGUACAUCUUUCAGUGUUAUUGUGCAUUGUAAUACUAGCUAAUUAUUACUAAAACCUUAACGUGUAUGCAGCAUUUUAAUGUCGAGGUGGAGCUUAUUUACUCAAUGGUAGGUAGUUGAAUCUAUAACAAUGUAUUUGCGUUUUUUUAUGGAAAACAUCAACCUGUAAAGCACUCAGCUGUCAUAUACAUGAAGUGGAGUGAGUGUAGUUGAAAGUAUAAAGUAGCACAACAGGGAAAUACUUGAGUUAUGUAAUGUAUAAGUAGUAAAUAGUAUGUAUUCCACCACUGCACGCUUUCUCAGUUAACAUAAACAAAAACAUACACACACGGGUAAAGCUAGGUUUCUGAUGCAUGCAGUACUAUUAAAACUAUUAAUAUAUUAUUCCCACUUGUACCUAUCAACACCUGACUAGUAACACUAGGCUAACGUGACAACACUGUGGAGGAAAGCCAUUUACGUACCUCGUUGGGGCCAAUAAAGAGUAUUUUUGCUUUAAACAUUUCCAACCACCAAGCAUUAACGUUAGCUAGCUAGCUUCCUUUUCGUUUCUAUGGUUUCCAACUUGCUUUCUUUCUUUUCAUUGGCUGUUCGCAACUUUAAUCAAACUUAGUCCCGCCUACUUUGUCCUUGGGGGACAAAUCAGCAGUGAGCAAAUAACUCCGCGUCAUUACGUUGCGUCAGAGGUAACCAAUCAGGUUCGAUGUUGUGAGAGAGGGUGGGCUCUUCAGUUUGUAGAAGCGUUAGUUCUCAACCGACACAAGGCGAAAGCUAGUAAGAGGGAUCUAUGUCUCUAGAAGAUGAACUCCCCAGUCUUGGUUUCAGCUCCAUCAGGGAGGAUGUCCCUCUGAGCUGUUUGGAUCUAGUUGGCUCCCAUGAGCUGGGGAGAAGGAGCAGAGCAUGCAGCAGUCUCCUCACAAGACCCCCAGAGGCUGACAUUGAUUGUCGUGGAAAAAGCCCUUUCCUGAAAACACUGAUGGAUGCAGAGGCAGCGGCCAACUCUGCUGCCAUACAACUAGUGUCUUUUAAAGACGCCAUGGAAGAUGGAUUUUCUGAUUCAAGACAGUCUGCCAUCGAUAAGCGCAGAAUUACAAGGCAGAGAGGACUUUUGCUGGAGAAGUUGGAGGAUUUUAGACGAAUAAAUAAGUCUGUUCGACAGAAACUGAAACAGCUCCAAGAUGCAGAGGCUGAUCGAAUUGACUCCGACCACCAAACGGACAUCUUAGUGAAGAAGAUCUCACAGACUGAGAGAGAAAAUGAGCAAUUAAAAAGAGACUUGAGUGAGACAGAAAGAAAAGUCGAGGAGCUGAUGGAUCUGCGGAGAGAAGAGCAGGAGAACAUCAAGAGUGCACUUCACACGACCAAAACUGUGGAGGCGACUCGCGCUCACCUGCAGGGCCAGCUGCGCAACAAAGAAGCCGAGAACAACCGUCUGACUGUGCAGCUACGGGCUGUGGAGAGAACCCUGACCGGGCAAAAGAUGGAGAUUGAUGAUCUGAAGGGAUCCAUUACCUCUGUGACUGAGAAGGCAGCACAGGACAGAGAGUCUCUGAAGAAAGCCACUCGAGCUCAGAAACUGAGAGCUGAGCGAUUUGAAGCCGCUGUUGAGAAAUGCUAUGCGCAAUUAAAGGAAAAGGAUGCUCAGCUGACCAAGGCCCGUUUAGGAAGAGACUCCAGGAGGCGACAGAAAGAGCACGAGAUAGAAGAGAAAGACAAACUCGUUGUUCACAUAGAGCUGUUGAAAAGUCAAAUUGGCGACAUGGCGGCGAGGCUGCAGAAGGAGAAGGAUGAGCUCACUGCAGCUAAUGAAAUGGUGAUGCAACGUGUUGAAAAACUCAUUGGCGAAAAUGGAGAUCUCCACAUCCAUAAUGCAACACUCGAGGCUUCUGUUGCUCAGCUGGAGCAGCAGCUGGCUGGUUGUGAGUCUGCCCUGACAGAAGUAAAGGUUGUGUGUGAGGAGAGGAAACAUCAAGUGGGACAGGGCCAACACCAGGCUGCAGAGCUUCAAGCUGAGUUCGAUGAUCUGAAGAUAAAAUAUGCAAAUCUCUUGAAAGAGACGGAGAGGACACGAGAUGGAAAAGAUACAGAAGUUGAGAAGGCGAGACGGGAGCUGCAGGGGCGCGUGGACGAGCUGGAGUCUUACCCCGAGUUACUGAGCGCGGCCGAGCGGAGUCUCUUCGAGUGCCAGGACAACCUGCGACGCUCGGAGAGGAAGUGCUCAGAAACGUCAGAGUCCGUUAGGCAACUGCAGGUUCAGAUGGAGAGUCAGGCAAACUCGCUGAGAUCAUCUGCGGAGAUGAGAAAGUCCGUUCAUGACGCCAACUCACAGCUGAACGAGAACGUGGCCUCUCUCCAAAAGAAGAUGGACGCGCUGCAGCAGGAGAACCUGGAGCUGGUACGGAGGCUCUCGGGUCAGGAGGAAGGUCUGGGCUACAGUAACCGGCAGCUGGAUCAGCGCUCGUCAGAGUGCCAGGCCCUCAGCCGGCAGCUGGAGGCCGCUCUAUCAGACGUCAAGCAGCAGGUCAAGAAGGUCAAAGACCAGGCUGCUUCUAGAGAAGAGGCCCUUCAGACCAAAAUCCUGGAGCUGGAAGCCGAGAGGAGCAGAAGGGACAACGAGCUGCGACUUCUUCGCCGGAGCAAGCUCACCGCAGAGAAACAGUUCGAGGUGCGUCUGAAGGACCUGCAGCUCAGUCUGGACCAAUCGGAGAGCCACAAGCAAAGCAUCCAGAACUACGUUGAUUUCCUCAAAAACUCUUAUAAGACCAUGUUUGAUGAGGGACUGCAGACAUCAUGUUUUGGAUCAUCGUAUUUUCUAAAAUGAUCAAAUCUGUUUGCAUUUUAACAUUUGCAUUUAUUUAUUUGUGUUGUAAUAUUUAUACGGUCUAUUUAAAAAUGAGAAUGGAGGUAAGGAAUUUGGAUAUCUACUUCUACAUUAAGCUGACGAUUUGGGACCCUUCCCCCCAGAUAGUCGAAAUCCUUUGUUUUUGUGGGAGGUUUUGAUAUCUGUUUUUAGCUCGUGUCCCAAAAGACAUUCCAUGAUAUUCUCACGUGUGUGUGCAAUUGUUAGACUGUGAACUCUUGGUGCUACUGUGUCUUAAAUUCAGCUUUAAGACUCCUCAGACAUUAGACCUAUCUUAGAUUGUUGAGUACGGCCUGGCACCAGCUACACAAAUGUUCUUUCACUACAAAUUGAAUACUUUUGGGUUGUUGGUUGUAUGAAACAAGCAAUGUUAAGAUGUCACAUUGGGUCCUGAUUAAAUGUAACGGCCAUUUCUUCACUGUUUUCUGAUAUUUCUUGGACUAAAAUGAAUAAAAAAACAAAAGGUGUUUCCAGCUGGACAAAAAGAA